GCCUUUGUUCUCUUUAGUUUCAUUUAUAUAAGCUAGUUGUCAUGAGUUAAUAGUGUUUUUUUUGUAGUUUAUCAAGGCCGGACAGUGUUGCUGUGAAUCCAGGGUCGCUGUCUUAGAGUUUGGUUCCUGUGGCACUACUUGUUGCGGUACAAAAAAAAAGCUUUACAUCACAGCAACAACCUUUCACGUUUUGUACGCUAAAUUGAGUUUUCUACUGCCAAUUUCCACCCAUGUUUAGAGGGUAAUGUGGUUUUUGCUCGGUGUGUAUACCAUAGUCCCGUCCUCUCUGCACUGCAGUCAGCACUACUCGCACAUUUGGCGUAGGAAGGUCACGUUACAAAGUGGGUCGGCACUAUCUGCUGCUGCUGGAGAGAGGAGGACUGCGCAAAAACCACGGCCCGGAUUUGUGCCUGCCUUACGUCAUGGGAAGCCUCGGACCUCUCUGACAGGAUCCAACAACGAGAGGCACCGGGGAUGAUGUGUGACCAACAAACAGCGGGCCGGGAGAUGUCGACGAGCACACGGCUGUUUUGAGCCACACACUCGCCCGUAGAGUAAAAACCAGUCACGGAGCAUUAUCGCUUUGAUUGCGGCUCGCCAUGAGAGUGCCUCUCCGCUGUUAAAGGGACAACUACGGCUGUUUUCUGCCUCAAAAACGAGCUGGUGACCGGGGAAGGAUAAGCAGCUGGAUAACUAAUCCCCCAGGACGGUCACAUUCACGGCGGGGCUUGGACCCGAUAGAAAUGGACAUACAUGCAGGGCAGCACGGACUGGAUUAAACGAUAGGGAAUAAAAGAGACGCCGCGAACAAAGCGUACCCGAAGAAGUGUUAUGCCAGUUAAUCCGUGUGGUCUUUAUUUGACUGGAAAUGGGAGCUUUAACAAGCAGACAAAACAUAGGCGUGGAAGAACUGGACAUUCCGUCCAGUUCGGUGUACCGUUAUCCACCGAAAUCUGGAAGUUACUUCGCCAGCCAUUUCAUCAUGGGGGGAGAGAAGUUUGACUCCACCCAUCCGGAGGGUUACCUGUUUGGGGAAAACACUGACCUUAACUUCCUGGGGACGAGACCUGUGGCGUUCCCAUACGCAGCCCCUCCGCCUCAGGAACCAGUUAAGACGUUACGAAGCCUUAUAAACAUCCGUAAGGACACUCUGCGGCUCGUACGGUGCAGCGAGGACCUGAAGCUGCCGGGUGACGAGGCGGAGGGGAAGAACAGGGCCUGCUACAACGUAGAGUUCACCUUCGACGCUGACACACAGGUGGCCAUAACCAUCUACUACCAGGCCAUGGAGGAGUUUCACAAUGGAGUGCCCGUGUACCUGCCUCAGGACAGCUCUCUGCAGUCUGAGACAGUGCAUUUUAAGAGGGGAGUGUGCCAGCAGUUCUGCCUGCCCUCACACACCGUCAACCUCAGCGAGUGGGCCGACGAGGAGCUGCUCUUUGACGUGGACAAAGAGGUUUUCCCCAUGGUGGUGCAGGCUGUUGUAGACGAGGGGGAUGAACAUCUGGGCCACUCUCACAUACUGCUGGCUACAUUUGAAAAGCACAUGGACGGGAGCUACUGUGUGAAGCCUCUAAAGCAGAAACAAGUGGUGGAUGGAGUGAGUUAUCUACUGCAGGAGAUCUAUGGGAUUGAGAACAAAUACAACAGCCAAGAAUCAAAGGUUGCUGACGAUGAGAUCAGUGACAACAGUGCUGAGUGUGUGGUGUGUUUGUCGGAUGUGCGAGACACACUGAUCCUGCCGUGCAGACACCUGUGUCUCUGCAACGCCUGCGCAGACACUCUGCGUUACCAGGCCAACUGCUGCCCCAUCUGCAGACUGCCAUUCAGAGCUCUGCUGCAGAUCCGAGCCAUGAGGAAGAAACUGAGUCCUCUGUCACCCUCUAGCUUUAACCCCGUCAUCACUUCACAGACCUCUGACUCUGAGGAACACUCGGCGUCGGAGCACAUCCCUCCAGGCUACGAGGUGGUGUCUCUCCUGGAGGCGUUGAACGGCCCCCUCAGCAGCACCGUGGUGAACCCUCCUCUCAACUCCGGUCCCAGCAAUGUUGCCGGGACGCUGCCUCCGUACAGCAGUGAGCCUCACCCGGCGCCGGCCCGCUCCCUCUCCCCGCUCGACCACUCCAACUCCAGUCAGGGACUCAAACUCAAGAAGAGUGGUUCAAAGUCACUUUCCCAGAAUUCAUCUGUGCUUCCUGAGGAGGACGACGAGAGGUCUUGCAGUGAAUCCGAGGCCUGUCGCCACAAACUUGCCGUAGACCAGCAGGAGAACGGAGUGACUCCAGACAGCGAGAACCUGACUCUCUCGUCCUCUGGAGCCAUCGACCAGUCGUCCUGCACCGGAACCCCCCUGUCCUCCACCAUCACCUCCCCUGAAGAGGAAACAAGUCCUCGGAGCCGGAGCCCGACCGUGAUGUGUGUGUCCGUCUGUCUGUCAGACCCAGUGAGCACCAGCCUGGUCCAGUCAGUGAUGUCCAUGGCCUCGUCCCACUCGCAGCACUCCCACAUCAGCACUGACACCAUGUCCUCCAUGUCAGGGUCCUACCUGGCGGGGGCAGAAGGCGAGCCCGGGGGGGACGAGGGCGGAGACGCUGAGGGGGACGAGAACCAGGACGCCCCCAUGGAGAGCCGAGGACCGUCGCAGCAGGACGGGGAGUUUUCCCAGGAGCCAAAGGAACAAAACUACUCAGUGGCUGUGGAGGAGCAGGACUCAGAGGGGAACGAUGUCACUGAAGAGGACUGCUCCUCCCCGUCCAAUGGGAAAGGUGGGCGGAGCAGGUGUCCAGAGUUGGCCAAUAACAAUCAGGGCGUCGCCCUCUGUGACACGCCCUCUUUGGGAUUGGAUAAUGAGCAGGCUCCCGACAGCCGAUUCGCCGGUCUGAUGUACCUCGGAGGCUACAGGCCUGUUUUGGAGCCCCCCGCCCACCACACCUCCACCAGCAACAUCAACAUGGAGGAGCAGGGGGCUGAGAACCGGGACGGCCAGAGUCCCAAACAUCCCCGCCGCGGACCACUCAUUGUGUAACACACUCUAACACACACGGAAACACAGACUUCUCCGUCCAGUCUCAGCUUACCCUGCCAUAGUGCUGCAUUGCUGGAUAUUGUCCUGCAGGGAACCCCCCUACCCCCCCCGCCCCCCUAUACCAACUGUCUUGAUUGUCGCUGCUGGCACUAAAACUCCUCCCGAGCAGAAAGAGGAGGAAAGAGGAACAGAAGGGCAUCACGUGUCGUCUGUGCACUUUUAGCUCAACAUUAUUGUUUCGUUUUUGUUGUGUUUAGCCCAUUGCUACGUUAUUAUUUAUUACCUCUAGGUCUAACCAAUGAGAGCUUUGUAUUAUGACACUAUCUCUAAAAAAGACAUGCUGCUCCUCUCCUCUCCUUUCCUCUCCUCUCUUACCAGCCAAACAGUCAGGGGCUACUGUGAUCGGCAAUCUUAUUACUGAUGUACUUCUUCUUCUCUCUUAUAAACUGUAUGUUGAACAAGUGUUAGUACACUACUUUAAAGUCAGCUCACACCGGACUACCUUACCUUGGCGAACUAAAACGUGCUGACUCGUCUCUUCGGAUCAGGGAGCGCCCGUCUCGACUUCGCAUGCAACCUCUGCAAAAGUUUCUCUUUUCCCGCCAUUAUUUUCCAAACAGCCUUGGACUUGUAAGGCGGCAGAGGGGCCAGGAAAUGGCGGCCAAAAUGAACAGAAAUGGACUGAAAUGUAAGACGAUGAACGUUGAUCUCUUAGAAGGGGAAAGUACAUGACAUUUAAAUUGUCAUCUCAACUGGAAUUCAACGUGAACUUUGAACCCCUAAGCUGGUUCUAUAAACACAAACACACCAACCACGCCAAACUCUCUUUCUUCAGCUCCCUCUAAGCAUGUCAGUAUUAUCGUAGUGCAACUGGAAUCCAACAAGAACCACCAAGCAAUACCGAUGCCGGAGCUGCAUCUCAUGUGCAGUUCAAACUGGCCCGUUGCAUUCAAAUCCAGACAUUUCAAUGUGUUUAAUUCUUUGUUUAAUCUUUUUUUUUGCCAUUGGGAAGGGAUUUAUUGUGAGGUGACAUGAUACGGUGAAUUUGAGAACCUAAACGUGAGAUUUAGGCCACACUGUUAGCUGGCAUUUUGUUCAUAUUAACAUAAUCUCUACGAGCCCCUUUCUCCUCGUUUGUGAAGCCUUUAGUUGUUUGUUUUGUAAAACUUUAAUGUAUAGCUCACAAGUUGUCGAUGUUCUCCGUUCCCGUGAUUUUAAUUUGUUGCAAAACACUGUGUCGUUUACUAGAAUGUGGAUGAAAACAUGUGAAAAUGUGUUAAGGUUUACACACUCGCAUAACAAAAAACUGAAAAAGCGACAAUAUCAACAUUUAAUGCACUAUUAUCUGUUUCCUAGACAACAAACUUUGCGGUGCAUGAGGCGAUAGUAGAGUAAGCAUGUUAGUCUAGGUCCGCCUGCACCCAUAUAGAAAACUGGAUGAUGGAUCACUGCACACACAUAAAGCCGGACCAUAUCCCUCUGCAGUGUUAUAUAUCGGUUUCAGGAGCCCUACUCCCUCGACCCGGACUGUUGGGUCAGGAGGACUGCAUUAGUAUAUCCAAGCUGCAACCAGUCAUGUGAUCACAGAUCGAAUGUGUAGAUGAAGCCGUUCUCUGGCACCAGUCACAGUAUGAUAUCAAAGGAAUGGGUCCAAAUCUGCAAGACCCCCACUUUUCUAGAACUAUGGGUGAAAAUGUCAAAGAAAACAUCAAACGGACAAUAAAGUUUUUGCAACUAAA